GAAGCUAAGAGGGAUUUGGCCAUCGCUGCUCAGACGGUUUAUCUUCCCUGCUGAUGUCAAUAGUCUGUAGGAGAAAGAAAGUGUGAAGAAGGGAAGGAAAAAAGCUGGAGAAAAUCGGAUCAUAGUGGAGUGAAUGAUUGUGGCUUUGGGCAGAGCCUAGGUUGGUUACGCUCGUCUCACCUCCGUGGGAGAGGAUACUAUUAGCUUUAUUAGACAACAGAAAUCCACUGGAGUUGAUGGGAUGAUCGUGGCUGGUCAGCAGAACGUGCGUGGACCGGUUUGUUCAAUGGAUCUAGAGAUGGAAUUGGCUGAAACCGAUGAAGUUGUGGGGGAUGCCCGGGGCCAACAGGUGGCAGAGCGCCUCGGUCUGGGACACAACCUGGACCUGUCGGACACCAUGGUCCAACAAAAGCUGGAUGAGAUCAAGGAGCAGAUCCGCCGUGAGAUCCGUAAGGAACUAAAGAUCAAAGAGGGUGCAGAGAACCUGCGAAAGGUCACCACAGAUAAGAAGAGCCUGGCUUACGUUGACAACAUGCUGAAAAAAUCUAACAAGAAGGUCGAGGAGCUUCAUCAGGAGCUACAAGAACUUAACGCCCACAUUGUGGUAAAAGACCCCGAAGAAGUGCUAGAAUGCCCUUUAACACCAGGUACCCCUAACAGCGAAGCAAGAAUGUGCACCAGCAGCAACCGACUGGCGGCCUUAAAACGGCAGGUUGACAUUGAGCUAAAAGUCAAACAGGGCGCCGAGAACAUGAUUCAGAUGUACUCCAACGGGUCCUCCAAGGAUCGUAAGUUGCUAGCAGCCGCUCAGCAGAUGCUUCAGGACAGCAAGACGAAGAUUGAGUUCAUCAGGAUGCAGAUCCUCAAGGCCAGCCAGGCCAGCGAGCUGAGCUUUGAGAACAAUGAUGUGAUGGAAAAGCCCAUCAUCAGCCCUUUAGAUCUGCGGGUGGAGGAGCUGUGUCACCACGCCAAGAUAGAGGCUGCGGUAGCCGAGGGAGCCAAGAAUGUCAUGAAACUUCUGGGCUCUGGAAAAGUCACAGAAAAGAGGGCACAUUCAGAGGCCCAGGCUCGUUUCAAUGAGUCCAGUCAAAAGCUUGACCUUUUGCGAUAUUCUUUGGAGCAACGCCUCGCUGAGUUGCCUAAAAACCAUCCUCGCAGCAACAGCAUCAUAGAAGAGCUGUCCCUGCUGUCGUCACCAGCCCUCAGUCCCAGAUCCAGUAUCAUCUUCCCACAGUACAGCACCGUGACCAAGCCUGCAGCACUCACAGGCACAUUAGAUGUCAGGCUAAUGGGCUGUCAGGAUCUACUGGAAAAUGUCCCAGGUCGUUCCAAAGCUGCAUCUGUCCCGCUGCCUGGCUGGAGCCCCAGCGAGACCCGCUCGUCCUUCAUCAGCCGAGCAAACCGAAACCGCGGCGUGAGCUCAAGGAACUUAACCAAGAGCGAGGAACUCUCCAAUGAGAUCAGUGCAGUGUUGAAGCUGGACAACACAGUGGUAGGACAGACGAGCUGGAAACCAGUCAGCAAUCAGGCAUGGGACCAGAAGUUUACAUUGGAGCUGGACCGGUCCCGGGAGCUGGAGAUCGCUGUGUACUGGCGGGACUGGCGUUCACUCUGUGCUGUCAAGUUUCUGCGGCUGGAGGACUUCCUGGACAACCAACGUCAUGGAAUGUGUCUGUACCUGGAGCCACAGGGAAUGCUGUUUGCUGAGGUAACAUUUUUCAACCCUGUCAUAGAGAGACGACCAAAGUUGCAAAGACAAAAGAAGAUUUUCUCCAAACAGCAAGGUAAAACUUUUCUGCGAGCCCCUCAGAUGAACAUCAACAUCGCCACCUGGGGCCGUCUGGUUAGAAGAGCCAUACCAACCGUCAGCACAAACUCCUUCAGCCCACAGGCGGCUGAGACUGGAUCCAGCAGCCUGCCUGGUUCACCCACACCCAGCAGCGACCCGCUGGUGACCAAGCUGGACUUCGACAAAGAGCCCACUCCAGGGCCCAAACGUUACUCCAUACCCGAUGACAUCCGAGAACCACAAGUGCAUCACAGCGUUUCUGACAAGGGGGAAGUACAGGAUGCACUCGCCUCAUUUGACUUCCUCAACAAGAGAAUCAGCACGGUGAUGAAGCCAGAUAUGGAUGGAGUGGUGCACCAUGAGUUCCAGCAUCCAGACCUGGAGCUUACAGCCAUUCAGAAAGACACAGAGAUAAGGGAAGAAGAGCCGUUCCAAUUCAGUCUCCAAGACUUUAAAUGCGUGGCAGUCCUUGGACGGGGUCACUUUGGAAAGGUGCUUUUAGCAGAAUACAAAAGCACUGGAGAGAUGUUUGCCAUCAAAGCUCUAAAGAAAGGAGACAUUGUGGCUCGCGAUGAGGUCGACAGUCUGAUGUGCGAGAAGAGGAUCUUUGAAACGGUCAACAGCGUCCGUCACCCGUUCCUGGUCAACCUGUUUGCGUGUUUCCAGACGCAGGAGCACGUUUGCUUUGUGAUGGAGUACGCGGCUGGAGGCGACCUGAUGAUGCACAUCCACGCUGAUGUUUUCUCUGAGCCCAGGGCUGUGUUUUAUGCAGCCUGCGUUGUUUUGGGAUUACAGUUUUUACAUGACCAUAAGAUUGUGUACAGAGAUUUGAAGCUAGAUAACCUGCUCCUGGAUACAGAGGGCUAUGUAAAGAUUGCUGACUUUGGGCUUUGCAAAGAAGGAAUGGGUUUCAGGGAUCGCACCAGCACGUUUUGUGGCACACCAGAGUUUUUAGCUCCGGAGGUGUUAACUGAAACGUCGUACACCCGCGCCGUGGACUGGUGGGGCCUGGGCGUCCUCAUCUUUGAGAUGCUGGUUGGAGAGUCACCCUUCCCCGGUGAUGAUGAAGAGGAGGUAUUUGACAGUAUUGUCAACGAUGAAGUCCGCUAUCCACGGUUCCUCUCAACUGAGGCCAUCUCCAUCAUGAGGAGGCUUUUGAGGAGGAGCCCAGAAAGACGGCUGGGAGCAGGAGAAAAGGAUGCAGAGGAGGUUAAGAAACAUCUCUUCUUCAGGACCAUCGAUUGGACCGGGCUUUUGGCCAAGAAGGUGAAGCCGCCGUUCGUCCCGACCAUCCUGGGCUCCAGUGACGUCAGCAACUUCGACGAUGAAUUUACCUCAGAGGCUCCGAUCUUAACCCCGCCCAGGGAACCCCGAGUGCUGAACUCCGAGGAGCAAAACCUGUUCUCUGACUUUGAUUACAUCGCUGACUGGUGUUAGCUCCGCCUGAAAAACACACACACACACACACACACACACACACACUGUGAACCAAGCACAGCAAUGACUGUAGAUCCCAUUUUUUUGUUUGUUUUUUAAAUCCUUAAACAAGAACAGACAAACUCUUCCCUGCCCCUCAUGUUUGGGGAGGAGCUUUCGGGCAGAACUGUGUGCCAUUGAGAAGAAAGUCCAGAUGCCUCCUGAGGACACACACUUACUACUUCUUUUUCUUUUUUUUUAUAUCCACAUGAAGAACUUUUCUUUUUUUUUUUUUAAAGGAGAGGGGAAAAAGAAUGAAUUCUGUUGUUGGAGAGUGAAGCAGGCGGGAUGUCCUCCUGUACAGACUGCCAUCGUGUCCGUUGUCUGACCACUGAGAAUGUUUUCCACAUGAACUCUGAGAAAACGGCAACAUCACAGUCAUGCUAUUUAGAGUCACUGUUUUCAAUUUUCUUGAUCUGUACAGAUAAUAUUCAGUCGUAUAUUUUAUUGUUUUGUUUUGUUUUGGUUUUUUCGUUAGUCUCGAAGCCCUCGCCGUACCUUAUCUCACUGUAAAGUUCUGCAGCAAUCGCAUCUGAAAGUGGCGCUCAUUGAAUUUGAAGUGCUUAAAGCAUCGUCACUGAAUAGUCAACAACAACAAAACAUCUUGACGACUACUACUACUACUGCUUCUUGACUUGAAAACAAGUAAGAGUAUUCACUACAUAUUAUUUUGGGUCUAGCGGUCCAGUUUACCUCCUUUUCCUCCCAGCGUGUCCACCUGAAGCUUCCAUGUCUUACACACCGCCCAAACUGGUAAAUGAAUUACUGUUUAUUUUGAGCCGAGUUCAUUAAAAUGCCCUUUGGCUGGGGAAAAAAAUGAUGAAAAACACUAAAAUUAUCUUGUCUGGUGCCCUCUAGUGGCCUCGCUGCUUUUAGUGACCAGCUGUGGAGUUGAUACAGUAUCCAGUCGAGCAUCACGAUCAAACCAUAACAUUAUAUGACCGCUGGUUUUGCGCUUUGAUUCCUUCAUGUCCUUACAGAACAACCAUGUGUUGGACUUGACUUCUUCUUUCUUUUACCUCAGUAAAGACACUAAAGCGUCUCGCCCAGUUACAGCUACCGAAACCAAACUCAUCCUGUCCUCCUCGGGAGUAGCAGAGGAGCGGCUCUCUGUAGUUUAAACAAUCUGACACACUGAAAGUUUACAUAAAGGCAGAUUUAAUGAGGUGGUUUUGUGCAGAAGUCGGUGUCCUCAGCUGUUGCUUUGGAAAUGAGGCUACAAAGCUCAUAGUAACUUCAGGUCUCCAUCCAGAAGCCAUUUGAAAGCUUCCUGUUGUUCAGGUUACAUGUUGUAGCUGACAUAGGGGGCACGGCACUCUGUUAGUGUGGCUGUUCUGUAUAAACUGACUCAAAUGUUGCAGACCUGUUUAUGAAUCACUACAGGGGGAGGGCAGGGUAUAUUUUAUAUAAAUAUAUAUACAUACUGUAUGUAUACAAUUAAGCUGAAAGCACUAAUUUUAUCAAUAGUUUUUAAUUAUCAAUGUUUCUUAAUGAAAAUAGAUUGUACAAAGUGUUUGUUUUUUAUUCUUUUGCUUGUGCAUGUUGUUGCCAGAACAGAUGAACUUUAUGGAUGGUACACCAAGUACUCACAGCAGUUGCUCUUCAUCCUCCGGUGUAAAAAGACAAAGAAAAUCAAAGGCAUUGUUGCAGUCAUUGUUUGUUGCCCAUCACGAAUGCACAAAUUAAACAUUUGUAACAGUGA